AACAAAUCUUCAGUUCUGUCUAGAAACUAAACAUAUUGUUUUGUAAGGAUAAAAAUAUAGUUUAGUUUAAUAUGAACUUAUAGAACAUGCGGAGAAUAUUAAUCAUAUUCGGUCUGCUACUCGGACUCAGUCUGAUAUCCAGUGGGCCUGCACCGAAAGCUUUCCUAGAUGAUACUAAUGAGGGACAAAUGGAGCAUUAUGUAUCAGAUGAAUAUCCUGAAUCAAAAGAACUCUUCGAAGAUACCAUUGAGGGAGAAAUGUUGCUUUAUGGGUCAGAUGAAUAUCUUGAAUCAAAAGAACUCUUGGAAGACACCAUUCAGGGAGAAAUGGUGCUUUAUGGGUCAGAUGAAUAUCUCGAAUCAAAAGAACUCUUGGAAGACACCAUUGAGGGAGAAAUGGUGCUCUAUAGUUCAGAUGAAUAUCUUGAAUCAAAAGAACUCCUUGAUGAUACAGAAAUGGUUCUCUAUAGUUCAGAUGAGUAUCUUGAAUCAAAGGAAGAUCUGGAAGAGACCAUUGAGGUAGAAAGGAUUUAUGAUUCGGACGAAUAUCUUGAACUUCCGGAGGAUUCUACUGAUGAGGGAGAACUUGACCUUAGUGGGUCAGACAAAAAUUCUUCUGUAAAUGGCAAUAAACAUAAUGAUGGAAGUGGAUAUCUUGAUGGAAGUGCAAAUGAUGAUGUAAGUGCAUAUGAUGGAAGUACAUAUUCCGGAAGUGGAAACAACAAUGAUAAAAACAAGAUUGAAUAGGAAUGCGCAUUUUUCGGAAACUGUUUUGAAAUUUUGAACAAUUAUUUAAAGAAAAAUGUAGGAACCAAUCAUUUAUAAGGUACAGAAAGUAAAAAAAUAAAAAUUUGAAUACUAAUAAUGCAAAUAUAACUUAACAAUUU